AUGACCAUAACGGAGUACAUUGCUACGUUGGCCGAUAAUCCAUAUUUCGGAGCCGGCUUUGGUCUCUUUGGAGUCGGUGCAAGUGCGGCAAUGUUACGUAAAGGAAUGCAAGGUGCAUUGAUUCUGUUCCGGCGACACUAUAUGAUCACGCUCGAGGUGCCUUGCAGAGAUAAAUCCUAUCAGUGGUUACUGCAAUGGAUCACACAGAAGGGAGCACGCCAAACGCAGCAUCUUAGUGUGGAGACAUCCUUCGAGCAGCGUGACACUGGCCAUGUGAAGACGAGAUACGACUUUAUUCCCUCAGUCGGUACGCACAUUAUGCGGUACGGUGGAACAUGGAUCAAGGUCGAUCGCGCCCGAGAACAGCACACGUUGGACCUGCAUAUGGGAGUACCAUGGGAAACGGUACAACUGACCGCCUUUGGGAGGGACAAAAAUAUGUACUUUAAAAUUCUGGAAGAAGCUCGUCAACUGGCGCUGAAAAACACCGAGGGAAAGACCAUCAUGUACACGGCCAUGGGUUCAGAGUGGCGCCCUUUCGGUCAUCCUCGAAAGCGGCGCCCCAUAGGAUCCGUAGUUCUCGACGAAGGAGUUUCGGAGCGGAUACUGCGCGACUGCCGGGAGUUUAUCAAAAAUCCCCAGUGGUACUCAGACCGAGGAAUACCCUACCGUAGGGGGUAUUUGCUGCACGGUCCACCAGGAUGCGGGAAAUCUAGCUUCAUCACGGCGCUGGCUGGUGAAAUCGAAUUCGGCAUCUGCCUGCUGAACCUUUCUGAGCGUGGCUUGACCGACGACCGGCUGAAUCACCUUAUGAACGUGGCACCGCAACAGUCUAUCAUUCUUCUCGAGGACAUUGAUGCUGCGUUCGUCUCGCGACAGGACACGAUCCAACAAAAGGCGGCUUUUGAGGGGUUGAAUCGUGUUACCUUCAGCGGGCUUCUCAACUGCCUUGAUGGUGUGGCAUCGACCGAAGCGCGUAUAGUAUUCAUGACCACUAAUUAUUUGGAACGGCUUGAUCCAGCUCUUAUACGACCGGGGCGAGUCGAUGUGAAAGAGUUUGUCGGUCACUGCUCGCGCCAUCAGCUAGAGCAAAUGUUCCGACGGUUCUAUACCGAUGAGGAUGCAGUAUCUAACGCUCGUACGUUUGCAGAACGUGUGGCGGCUGAUGGGAGGAACGUCAGUCCGGCUCAAAUUCAGGGAUACUUUAUGGUGCACAAAAUGUCCGACCAACAAACCGUGCUCGAUAAUGUGCAACAAAUAUGGGAUAGUCGAUGAG